GUAUUAAAAUCUGUUCAUUCCUGAAAGUUUCUUCAAUGGUGUUCAAGUUCGAAGAAGCGACCAUUGAAGAGAUUCAGUCAGCUUUCAAACAAAAUUCCCUCACAUCGAAACAACUAGUCCAGUACUACAAAGAUGCCAUUGACAAAUGGAACCCUAUAAUUCAUGCUGUGAUCCAGGUGAACCCUGAUGCUCUAGCCCUGAGCGAGGGAGAUCAACGCCUACGAAGAUCACAAACCCGCUGCUUCCCAGAUUGUGAUUGUGAAGAACCCCCAGUCCCAGAUUGUGCUAAACUACGAGGGAUUCCAGUGCUGCUUAAGGACAAUAUUGCAACCAAGGAUAAACUGGAGACGACAUCCGGAUCAUGGGCACUCUAUGGUUCUGUCGUCCCUCGAGAUGCAGGGGUUGUUGAUAGACUUAGGAGGGCAGGAGCUAUCAUAUUGGGGAAAGCUGGCCUUACACAGUGGGCGGGUGGGAGGUCUUUAACAAAGAUCCCGUCCGGUUGGAGUGCGAGAGGUGGAUUAGUGCAGAACCCAUAUCAAAUAGGCGGUGACCCGGGAGGUUCAAGCACAGGAUCUGCAGUUAGCGUAGCAGCAAACUUGGUGACGGUUUCCCUGGGUACAGAAACUGAUAGCUCCAUUAUCAAUCCUUGCAGUUUAAAUGGUGUUGUGGGCAUCAAGCCAACUGUGGGUCUUACUAGUAGGUCUGGGGUUGUACCAUUAAGCCUUAGACAGGACACUGUUGGUCCCAUUGCAAGGACAGUGUCUGAUGCUGUGCAUGUGCUUGAUGUAAUCGUUGGUUAUGACCCUCGAGACCAGAUAACCCUUGAUGCUGCCCAAUACAUUCCAACUGAUGGAUACAGGCAGUUCUUGAGAAUUGAUGGACUCAGAGGAAAAAAAAUAGCAAACCUUUGGUACUAUUUCAAGAAUGCAUAUGCAGAGGAUUCCCCAAUACCGGAUAUCUUUCAAAAUAAUCUCAAAACCAUAAGCAUCAAAUCUUCCGUCCGCAUUGCACCUCACGUUCAAAACAGCAUUCUCUUACUACUAAGGGCUAAGACCUGA